CGGAACUAUUUUUAUUUUAGACGACCACACUCAGGCCUCGAUGACCGGGAACUCGAAGAUGACCUCCUUGUUCGUGAGCUUCUUGUAGACGUGGCUGAAGGUGUCGAGCUUCGUCUCGACGUUGACCUGGUCCUUCGGGUCGAGCAGCACCUUCAGCACCUUGGAGCCGUCCAACUUGCACCGCGUGCGCUUGCCGACGAUCUCCGUCGGGUAGACCAAAUCGUCGAGGAUGGCGUCCUGGACCGCCGUCAGCGUGCGGCUCCGCGGCCGCGGGCCCUUCGACUUCGCGCUCCGCGCGUAGUUCUUGCCCAGGAUCGUCCGCUGGCCCACCACAAUCACGUGCCGCCCCGAGAACUUCUUCUCGAGCUCGCGGACGAGCCGCGUCUGGAUCUUGUUGUAUUUUUUCAGCUGGGGGAAGGGCACGAAGAUGAUGAUGGCCUUCUUGCCGCCGCCGACGUCGACCUCGCGCGCGCUCAGGAACGUGAGCUCCCGGAGCUCGACCUUGAUCUCGGACGAGCCCUGCUCCAAAUUCUUCAGCUCCGUGGCCACGGAGGCCUCGAUCUCCGUCGGCUCGCUGCCGUCGGCUUUGACGCACUUCGACAUGGUGGUCGUCGAGGACCUGCGGGGGGCACGGAGUUCGAGCGCGAGCCUCGCCGUACCGAUGCGGCGCGAGCAGUCGUGUCUACGGCGUCAGCGACGAGCGUCGGCGGGCCAGAGCGCCAGCGGAUGAGCAGCGGCGGCGCUUUUGCGGUGCCAAUGCGCUGCUGCAGGGCUAUAGGUCUUGCUCGCUGACAGGCGCCUCGCGACCGCUGAAGCGCUGCCGCUCGUCUCGUGGCCUCAAAUGUCUAUUGCCUCUCGCCAGUGGUUGCAGCGCAGGUCCGCACGCGGUGUUAAAUGCCGCGGUCGCCCAAUGCC